AUGGCAGUGUCUAGGGUGCUGGUGUUGCUUGCUCUCUGUGUGCUUCCGGCGCUUGUCAGUGCUAAAGUCGUGGGCAAACCCUUCUAUGUUCAAGGUCGUGCCUACUGCGACACUUGCCGCUGUGGUUUCGAGACCUCUGCCACCACUUAUAUUGCCGGUGCAACGGUGAGACUUGAGUGCAGAUACAGGAAUAGCUUGGGGCUUGCAUACAGUGUAGAAGGCAUGACAGACGAAACAGGAACAUACAACAUUUUGGUUGAAGACGACCAUGAGGAUCAGAUUUGCGAGGCAGUUCUCGUUGACAGCCCGAUCAGUGACUGUAAAUCAGCCGACCCCGGACGUAGCCGUGCCAACGUGGUACUUACCCGCUUCAACGGCGUUGUUAAGACGAGGCGUUUUGCAAACAACAUGGGGUUCUUGAAGGAUCAGGAAUUGCCUGGGUGUGCCCAGCUGCUCAAGCAAUACUUGAACUACGAUCAGGCAGAAUAGAAGGACUAGCUAGCUAGCUAU